GUGGACGCCGACGCAUGUCUGGUGUAAUAGACUUGACACUGUGCCGUUACUCAAAAUCCGCCCAUUAAAGGGUGGCAGCUGAUCCCAGAAGGAUGUGGUCUCACAGUCUAAUCUAGCAAAUCCAGACGGUGUAAGGCUGACACCGACCGCACCGAGUCCCACCUUUUCGACCCUGUUUCGUCCCAUAAAAUGAUGUUCAGCCCGUUAUGCUUGUGCGUUAUGCUCACUCGUUAUGGCCUCCAGAGCUCAUUUCAGCUCAAGGUACUCGUUCUUCAAGCGACAACCAAGAAGAUUUAAGAAGCCUUUCUUGUCCUCUGGAACUGGCCGUCAUGCUUAGCUGUUAUGUUUCAUCCCCACCAGGGAACAGCUGCUGAAGUUGCAUCGCAAUUGCUGACUCACCCAGCAUAGCAUCUCAGAUCAACCACGAGAUAUCCGCUUUCCGCACAUCAGUGACAAGGAUGUCCACACGGCAAGCCGGUGUCCCACAAAGCUCAGCAGCCAACAAUAAUAAAGUCAUGGCCGUGGCACAUGGGACCACAAUUUCGCCAGAAUCGCAGACCAGAGCGAGGACCAGACAGAGGCUUCACAAGCCGCCUACGCCGCUCGACGUCCCCGACAUCAACGACGAUGCCGCCGAGCGGAAGCGCGUCCUGAAUGUCCUCGCGCAGAGGCGAUACAGAGAGCGCAAGCGGCAGUCAAAGCCUAAAAACACGACUGCGCGUGAACCCAUUCAAAGUUCCCCCCCAAGUCAUCCAGGUAACGACACGGUACUUCCAGAGACACAACCUGCGCAAAGGAAUUCCCAAGAUACCUCAGUGGAGGCGGCAUCACCAGCUGUCGGCAUUGAAGGUGCAACGCAAGAGACGUUACAAAGCUGCUCUGCACCUGACUCACACAUAUCGUCACCGUCCAAGGGCUGGCCUCUUGACUUCUUGCAAAUAAGCAAUGCGCAGCCUACGCUGGAUCCGACGCUGCUACAGCUUGGCGGGAGCCUCUCGGAAACACCCGAAUCGCUUACAACACUCGACACAUCCCAGCUGUCUAGUGAAGACGAGGCUGCCCUCGCAGCAUGUGCAUUGACCGACCCAAAUUGUUUCAUCGGCCUGCCCGAGCUGGGCCCUUUCGCGGACCAGAGCGACCUUGCGAGCAGUCUAUCCUGGGGUUCCAGCUCGAGCAGCACAGAUACUUCACACCAGGAACUUGAACAAGACUUCCCAGACUCCUACUUGCUCCCGGUCACGGAGCUGAUCCUGCUGCGGGCCUGCACACGCAUUGGGGAGCGGAUCCAGUGCUGCGACCGCAUGUGGCGCAUCGAUGCCAACUCGUCGUUCGCCGACGGCACCAUGACGCCGCUGGCAAUCAGCAUGCUCCCGCUCUCGUGGCAGCCUACAAAGUCGCAGGCGACGGUGCCGCACCACCCGAUCCUGGACCUGAUGCCGUGGCCGAGCGUGCGGGACCGGCUGCUACUCCUCAUGGCGCUGCCGGACUCGAUGAAGCCAGCUGCCGUGGCCGAGGGCCCCAUGGCGGUGAUACAGCUGGCCUAUGACAUGGAGGACUCGAGCGAGGGCCUGCGUGUCUGGGGCGGGGACGUGUAUGACCCGAUGGCCUGGGAGGUCGGGCAGGUCGUGUUUGAGAAGUGGUGGUUUGUGUUCGACCGGCAGGUUGUGGAACGGAGCAACUACUGGAGGAGAUUGAGGGGGGCUCCGGAUCUGAGAAUGCCCAAUCGUGUCGAAGAGGUCCAUAGCUGAUGGUUGCUGGCAUUUGGCAUCUUUGCCGACGCCACUGGCCACGAGUAUCUUAUGAGUGUGUGCUGGAGUGAUUCCCACACUUGCAUGCAGUUUCUGCACAAGCCUGAGACACGUGAACGUGCCGACGAGGCCGGGAGCAAGCUUUGCAAACGAACAAGCCUACCGGUUGAGAGCAGGUGUGCCCAACUGACUCAAAUUCGCAUUUGCCACGUUCGAACCCUCUUUGCUCAAAGUGUAGCACUGCGACUCUCUCGAUGCCAUGGCGAGAGAGUGAGAAUGUGCCAUGGAAA